AUGCUUGAGUGGCUUUGGGAUACUAUCACGGGCCGCGUACUGGAGACACUGGGUUUCACAGAUACACCACCCAAUCAGCAGGAAUGGCCUCAUGUUUGGUGGGUACCUACUGGGCCGUUGAGUAGGUUCCCACUUCAUGCUUCGGGGCGACAUCGAGAGCGAUCUGGCAAGACGGUGAUGGACAGAGUGAUCUCGUCUUAUAGCCCAUCUCUGAGAGCUCUCGUCCACGGACGUCGGCAACGCGAAGCUGCUGCCGGCCACAGCCAUGCUCUUCUGAUAGAUGUGGAGCAUACAGAGAAUCACCCCCAUCUACCACAGGCGCGGGCAGAGAUCAAAGUGGUUAGUGAGAUCUGCGAGAGUAUGGCAAUACGACCUGUUUCAGUUGGUCAAAGCAAGCAAGAUAUGCUUUCUGGUCUACGAAACUGUAAGAUAUUCCACUUUGCAGGACACGGAUACACCAACGGCGAUGACCCGUCCAAAAGUCAUCUUUGUCUGAGCAACACAAGCGAUCCCCUAACAGUUGGAGAUAUCUUGAAGUUAAAUCUGCACGAAGCGUCACCUUUUCUGGCGUAUCCUUCAGCUUGUAGCACCGGGCGUGUUCAAGAUGACAAGUUCGUCGAUGAGAGCAUACAUCUCAUCGGUGCAUUCCAAUUAGCUGGGUUCAGACAUGUCAUUGGAACUCUAUGGAAGGUAAGGGAUAAGCAUUACGUUGAUGUCGCGCGAGUUACGUAUGAAGCUAUAUGAGAAGGGGGGAUGACUGAUGAUUCGGUGUGUCGCGGCUUGCAUAAGGCUACGAGAAUGCUGAGGGAUAGUUGGCUUGAAAGUUUCGACAAGACGAGGGAACGGCUAGUGCGAGGAGAUGAGAAAGGAACGAGGGAUGUUGUUCCUUGCGAUGAUGAGGAGGAGAUUAUAGUUGGACUGGUCCCGGCUUAUUGGGUCCCUUAUGUUCACUUUGGUGUUUGAGAGACUCUUUACUCGAAUUUCCAAAUCUUUAUGUUGA